AUGUUGCCAUUGCCAGCAGACCUUCCUUCGAAACCGCCGAGAGCUCUCACCAAGCACCACAUAGGUGAGAUUGCGACGCAGACGACUGGAAUUGAAGAUUAUCCACAUGAAGGCCCAAAGAGCACUAAGAACAGAAAACGGGGGAGUGCUAUGCAAGGCUGGUCAAAUCCGCAAGAGUCGCCAGAGCCGCCUGAGCUUCCUGAGUCAUCUGAGCCACCUGAGCCGUCUGAGCUGCCUGAGCUGCCUGGAGAUAAUAUUUUCAUUGAUUUCGAGAAGGUAGCUGAAAAGAGGCCUAAUGCAAGCUGCGUAUUCUUACUUUGGGGUUCUGGAAACUCUGGAAACUCUGGAAACUCCGAGAACUCUGGAAAAUUCACAACCUGGGCUAUGGAUGUUCCGAUUACCGAUGCUGAAAAUGAACAUGAGAUCUUCGCUUCAUUAGCUAAACAGUAUACUACAAGGCUUGGCUUCUUACAAAGAUAUCUUUCUUUCCGAAGGUUCAGUAGGCUCAGGCCCGUCGCUUUCCGAUUCAUUAGCCAUUCUUCAACAAGAUUCUCAGCCAUUGCUGAACCUCUGGACCUGGAAAAACACCGCGAAGGCUUCUCUAAGCGACAAGAAGAAGCGAUGGAGAUUAUUCGCCCUAUAACAGACUUCGAUUCCGUUGAUCCAGGCCACUGUUAUCGCGACAAGAGCUCGGGAGAAUAUGAACAUUGCAACGGAGCUUGCCCAUUCAAUACAUCAAAAGAUCGUAGCGUCCUAAAGUGUCCGUUCGAGGAAUGGGAACUCUGCAACGACCUGCUAAAGUGGAUUGAAUAUGAGCCUUUCCUUUCUUCCUACUUCCGAGACCCAGCUGGUGCCCGUUCUCAAAACAUGUUCAGUUGCUUUAUUGGACACUGCUUCAUCCACGAAUACAAGUAA